AGCUGUACCCCCCAUUUACACCUGUAUUUCCAGGGAACUUUUCGCACAUGGAUAAACUAGGAUCUAUGUCUAGUUGUCAUAUACAUACAAUGUCUAGUUUAUCCGGGUGCAGAAAUUGGUUCCUUUUAAACCAGUGCAAUAGUUUUCACGGGGAAGGCAGACAGAGGAUUGUGCUAUUAUACAUAUGCUGAUUUUAAACCAUAAAUAAAUUUAAUUCUGCCGCUAGCCAUAAGAACUCAGCUAAUUUAACUUUUUUCUCUUUUAUGUAUUUUUAAACAUAUAUUUUACAUUUUUAAAUAUAAAAAUUAACAUUUUUAAGUAUCAAGGAGUACUGCCUUCUGAAUCAGUCCUUUGAUCCAGCCGCCUAACGAGAGCCUCCUGAGGUGUUGGUCAAGACUCUUGGCUAUUAGACCAUUGGCCGUAAUGACAAUCGGCACAAUGACAGCCGUGGCGACAUUCUACAUGGCGACAACCUCGUGCGCUAAGUCUAGGCAAUUUAACUUAUUAUUUUCAGAAUCAAUUAUUAUUGGAAGAUAUAAGACUAUGUUGGGAAUGUACAGCGUUUCUACAGAGAGCUAGAACAUUCUAGAAGAAAGUACUAAAAGCCAAUGAGGUGCUGCAGAUGGGGCAGGUAGAGGUACAUGUAUGGCACUCAGUCAAGCCUAACCACUGUAUUACUGAAUGAUGUACAUCCCCAUACAAUUUACAUCAAUGAUUGUAACUUACAUUUAGACGUUAAAACCUGUGAUGAUGAAAAUGAUGAAAUUGGUGAACAAUAUGAUGGUAAUAUUUGUGAACUAAAUGAAGCUGAAGAUUCUGUGAAGACUGAAGGAGUUAAGGAGAAUAAAGAACCACAAAAACCGAAAAACAAUCGCUGGGCUAAAAAACGAGCUUUGCAAAACAAAAAACCGAAAUUCAAAAUUAUCACCGAGUAUUCUAAAGAUUACUUCAGAAAGAUAGAGUUAGAUAAUAAGGAGUUACCUUUAUUUAUGCAGAGUGAAAGAGACAGCGAAUACUUUAAAUCAAAACGGUAUAAAUGUGAGAAAUGUGUUUUGGUAUUUUCAAGUGAAAAGUUUCUUCAGAAACAUGACAAUAAAUAUCAUAGUAAGUCAACCCCAUACACCUGUGAUAUUUGUUCAUCAUCAUUAUCAAACAAACGCCUAUUAUCGCGCCAUGUGAAAUCGCACUAUAAUAAGUACAGCUGCACAAUAUGCGACUUUACUUGCUUCGAUAAAUCGCAGACGAAAUGGCACUUUCAGAAAUCGCAUAGGAGAAUAUUUCAGUGUGUUAAGUGUGAAUUGAAAUUUGGGUGUCGAAAAGAAUUCUUUAGACAUUACAAACAAUGGCACGAAAAGUUUAUCUGUGAUUACUGUGGGAUUAGCUUCAAAAUGAGAUAUUGUAUCAAGGAUCAUAUUAGAAAACAGCACGGCGAAUUCGUAUGCGUCACGUGCAACAAGCGCUGGGCCCGCUACAACGGGCUCUGGCUUCACAACAAGACGACGCACGCGCCCCGCCAGUCCGCCUAUUGCGUCGAGUGCGAUACUCACUACGCAGACGUGUAUAGAUACAGGUGGCACCUCGCUAACAGUGCUAAACAUACCAAGCAUAAGAAACAUCGGAUCCCCUGUCCAGGGUGUGAUAAAAUAUUCUCAAAGAACAUCUACAUGAAGGAUCAUUAUAAUUUAGUGCAUCUGAAGCAUUAUAAAUAUCGGUGUGAACAAUGCGAUAAGAAUUUCAUCCGCAAUGCUGAUUUAGUGAAACACACUAGGCGAGUCCACGAAGGCAUAUUACCCCCCAAGAAUAAAAUCUGCUACAUGUGCGGUAGAGGAUUUUCUACCAACAAGAUCUUAACGAACCACCUUCGCACCCACACGGGAGAGAAACCAUUCGCGUGUACUAUAUGUAACGCUCGCUUCGCUCAGAGCACGGCGCUGUCCGCUCACGCGAGGGCCAUACACCAUACUGUGCAGAAACAUGUUUAAACUAGUCGCUUUCCCGCGGUUUCACCCGCAUUCCGUGGGAACUACUGCCCGUACUGGGAUAUAAUAUAGCCUACUAGCUUUUACCCGCGACUUAGUUCGCGUGGAAUAAUGACUUUCGGCUAUAUGUAUGUUCGG